GGGGUAAAAUUUCCAUAGGGUUUGUCUACACACGCGCAUGCGUUAUUUGCUCGAUUCUUGCAUGGGACAGUUUGUAUUAGCGUGCUGUGAUACCGAGUAAGAAUUUGAUCAUGUGUUCUUUCGCCUCUCGCAGGAUAACAUUCUAAGAUCGCUGAUUGCUGUGGCAUUAUGUACUUGAUGUAUCACUUUUUAAAAGUCGCCGUACAUCGCUCUCAUGCUUCGACAGGAGGAAUCGACAACGCUGCCCAAUAGUGCAGGCCUACAUGAAGUAAACGUAAGAGCCACUUCAGCUGGUAAAUCAAGUAAGUGCGAAGCUGGUUGUUUAUUUCAUUCCUGCUCCCCGCGGUAAUGUACACGCAAAUCACUACACAUUGCUAUCACGAGAUGUUGAGCGGCAGAGUUUGCGUCCAUCAAAGGGACAUUUUCCAAACAAAACAAUAUUCUACUCAUGUAGUUCUGUAGGGGGCAGCAAUGUGUAUACGAGGGAUUAGAAUGCAAAACAGUUUUUUUAUUUAACACUUUUUGUCAUUUCUUCGAGGACGAAUUAAGCGUCCUUUGACCCGGUCAUGAGAAUCUUUGAUAUGCGCCAAAACAAGAAUCAGAGCUUACUGAUUUCAUGACGGCCUUCUCGUGUUACAACUAGUUACUCUCCGAAUUGAAGAGGACCGACGACGAAAGUCAUAAAUUUUUUGUAAUGCGGAGUUUAGCUCUUUAUUGUGUAGCUUAAUGUAGAGGAAGAUGUUAAUUGAAAUUUGAAAUAUUUUUUCGGGGAAUUCGGGGCAGGUUUUCACGUGCUCUUGAAAAUGAAGGCAACUAAACUAAUUUUCUCUUCUUGAAAGAGACCUUGCAGUGACAGAAAAAUUGAUUAAACAAAUACUAUCCAAAGAACUCAUAAAUGAGUUAGGUUUGUAUGCAUCCUUGACCAAUUAGGAAACCUUCACUUAAUUCAAGUCUAAACUUCUUUUCACAGCGAUGUGUAAAGAAUACGAGCUAAACAAUAGUUCAUUUACAUAUAUAACUUAAUGAUAAACACCAGUGAGAAUUGGCUUUAAAUACUUCACUUUGCUCAGUUUUCCAAACACAGUGCCUGUAUAGGUUUUAAACUGAUUUUUGCUUCUCAGGGGUAAUAUAUUUAAUAGUUGUGGCGGCAACAGCGAGGGUGUUCCUAAUCCAGUUUAUGAAAAGGGCUAAUCUUUAUUUGACUCAAAGCCGCUGUUAUUGAAAUAUACACGUCUCACCAACUCGUUUAUCGCUCUACAAUUCCAUGACAUUUGACAUUUUCGUGGCUUGCUUUGUAAAGUUUGUGUCAAAAAGCCGUUUAACGACAGCAUAUGCUUCCGCUGUUUGUUGUAUUAAGUAAAGAGUUCGCUCGCUUUGCUGUCACUUAAAAGAGUUAAUGCAAUCUCCGGUUUUUCUUUCUUUUUCUUUGAGAAACCUUGGCUUAAUAUCAUUUGCAUUGUGAUAUUCAGUUUCCAUUCAGUGUCAUGUUGUUUGUUUUUUGAUAUCAAGUUCCUCCUUUUUUUUUGUUUCGUCGAAACUUAGAUUUAUUAAUGUUUGGCUUAUGAUAGCGAAAAGUGGGUAUCAAAAUAUUCGUGUUCACAUAAUUUUCACACUAAGUGACUGUCACACUCCUCACCUCGUGUUGCGUGUUGCGUGAAGUAAAAUACAGUCACGCUCAGAAAUUUUAUGCCAUUCAAAUCCAGGCGUCUUAAUAGAUUUAACUUAAUCAUUUCUUCUUCUGUUAAAAACCUCAAGUUUCACUUUUCCACUCUGCUAAUGUGCAAGUCAGUGGGGUAUGCAGAAAGUGAGCGAGUAUACAAUUUUAUGCGCUAUCAUCACGCGCGUGUGAUACUUGGUUCACGGAUUUAUCUCGAGUUUUGGAUUUUUGUUUCUCACUUAUCUACAGUCUAUCGGAAUUUAGAUGGUUAACUUAAAUGAUUUCAUUUUUUUUUUUCGAAUAUUAUUUUGAUAUCAUAAAUACCAUAAAUAUUCAACGAGCUCUUUGAGUCACGUGACAACUGAAGGACAUGCGCCGAGCGCGAAAUUUGAUUUGCUAGAGCGGUGUAGUUGAAACGGCAGUACAUCAUUUCCUUUCAAGCAACAUUUCAAGCAUGUUUCUUUAAAUUUCAAGGGAACUUUUAAUCAGAACUCGGUGUUUAAUUCUAGAGCUGUACUACUAUGAGAAUUCAUCUACCAGGCAGAGGGAAAGGUGAGAGGAGGGACAAACUCGGCUGCGAGAUUUUUUAUAGUCACGUACUUCUCUCCGAAUUCAGUUCGCCAAACUGCUGUAAUUGAGUUUUAUCUGAUUGAUUUGCAGAAUCAUCGAGCAGUGGACAUGAAAGGUAAGUGUUAAUAUCGCCUUGUGUUGGUUAUCUCUCUGGCGUAGACCUGUUUAUUGCGAUUCGUUAACUUUUAACUUACAUUCGAGUAGUACUUAGCGCUAAAAAUAACCGAUUGGUGCGAUAAUUGAGGGCACUUUUAACGUCAUCAGCCGAUCAUGUCCUUCCAUAGUAGUAUUUUGGUUUCGUGUACGUAAGCUACCACAACUAUAACUUUUCCAAGCGUUAAUUCUUUCACAUGGCUUGCACAUAUAUUAAACCAUAGCGUUGGUGCUUGCGCAAGUCGUCUGUUGCGAUAAAGUAAACAAACACUGAAAGUUUCUUUGUGAAGUGACGCGGACGGACAUUUUUGAUGCUCCUAGAAGCUAGAAGCAAAGCUUUAUAAUAGGCUUUAACGAUCGGUUGUUGACAUAGAAUAAUACCCCAUAGACGUAGUGAUUGAAGGAUUCGAAGCUUGAUGGCAAUAUCAUUUGGAUAUGGAAGGUGAAACUGCAUGAGCGUAAUUUUAUUAAGCUAAUUUUUUGUAGUUUUUCGAUUCAAGUUAAGCUUAUGUACACUCUCUUUACGACACAGAAUUUACCCUUCUUUCUCUAUUAUACUUUUAUUGCUUAUUCAAAGAAAACUUUCUUUUAUGGUGAAAUUUUUCCCCAAAAUUAGGGAAGACAUAUGUUUUCACUUGGAAAUAGGCAUACGGCUAACUUCUUCGUAAUCUCAGCUUUGGCGAGAUUGUACGUAGCGUCCAUUUGUUUUGGAAAAGUAACAACAGCACAAACAAACAAGCUUAAAUUGUAAUCAGUCUAUUUACGUCCGUUUAUUUAUGAUAAUGUAGAUAUAUUUUGAUGCUAAAUUGUUCCCAGAAGCUCAAAACGGUGUCAGUACAGUGCAUACAGUUUAUUAAAGUGUUAAUUCGUGUUGAAAGCACGAUAUUUUCGUUUCGGAAUUACUGGUUAUUUCUUUGCAAACUAGUCAGUAUUAGAGAAGAUUAAUUGGUAAAAUUUUCGCACAGCAUCAUACUAUUGUAAAACAAAUCUAUUUUCUCAAUGGCGAUGUAUUUUUUUGGUCAUUGUUUUCUCUAUCCAAGAACUGAAUGCAUAAUGUAGUAUGGGGUUGUGCGGAAAUUUUACCGUAUUUUCCAAUAAUUGAAUUUGAUUUGGCCUCUCCCCUGAUGUUAUUUCGAGUUGCUGUUAAUUCUGAACAUGUAUGCAACAGGUGGUCAUGGAGCAUUAACAAAUAUUGUAUUUUAAUUGCAGAAGACAUAUCUUUAUGACAUUAUAUUUAUAUAUAUGUAUUAUAUUUUUAUUAAUAUAGCUAUGUUGUAAGCAGUGACCAUUGAGUGUAGACUGUUUAUCUUUUAUUUAUAAAGAACCAAUGUGCAUGAAAUAAGUUGAGUAUUAUUGCUGCAGAUACCUCCAUGAUUUUCAUUAAUUUUGCUGAAACUGCAAGCAGGGCAUGAAAUUGUGCCUAAUACAGGCGCCAAUGCUACUAAAUUUUUCACUUUGGCGACUAAAUCCUGAGAAUUAGUCGCCAAAUUGGCGACUAGAAUGUUUCAUCAUAACUUUAGGUAGAGAUACAGUGAAGUAAAAAGAUUUGCAAAGACAAAUCCGGGGCAAACUUCCUUGUUAAGUUUGUUUCCAAAACACAGCACAUGCAUCUCCAUCGAUAACUAGACGCCAUAUUGGAUUUAGGUAAGCUUAAACGUUGUAUAUCAUCCAUCCUAGUGUCCACUUUGUAGCACGUUAAAGAUCUUUUCCCUAACUUAGUUUCUAGAACGAUGACAGUGUAAAAAAAAGGUUUUGUUUGUCUUUCAAAAUGGUGACCAACUUUUUUUGAACUGGCCAUCACUUUGAAGAAUUUAGGAGCCAAGUGGCUAUCAGAAAAAAAAAUUAAUUUCACGCCCUGGCAAGCAUUUCAUGAUAAGUUAUAAAUAGCAAGCUGUUACCACAGCAGCAUCAACAUGCAUGUCCAUAAUGGAAUUGUCAACCUGCUGUCCAACUUCUACAUAUUGUAUUGAUAGAAAAGUCAUUUAUUUUGGAAAGAAAGAAGCAUUGCUGAACAACAAUUUAGAGAUGCAAAUCUUGCCUCACAAUUUAUUGGUAACAAGUUUCCUAACCUUGUUAUGUUGUUUUCCACUUUACUUAUAUGCAUUUUGAGUGUGUUAAAAUGUUAAUUGUACCUCAGUCUAUAUUUUAAAACAGGAAGGUAUUUUUAUGAGGUAGAAUCACACAAUUUUGCUUUAAAACUGAGCAGCAGGUAAAUUGUGAUUGACUUGUCAUCCUGGUUUGUAAGCAUUUGCAUGGAUUUGAGUCUUAAUUCCAAUUGCUGGAAUGUAAUUUGUUAAUGGAACUUAAUGGCUAGAUGACCCUUAACUUCCAAUCUUGUUGUUUAUUUAUCAGUUGAAGUUGGAAUUUUUUUCCAAUCUGGAGAGAUUAUAAAUAUAGUAUUUAGAUACCCACUAUAUCUUGAAUUUACGAAGAAGUGGACAUGAUUUUUCUUUUGGUGAAUGUGAUAAAGGUGGUUUUCCACAACUGUCUUCAAACAGAAUGAAAUAUUAAAAAAGUUUGAAUAUAUUGGAAAGUUAUGAAUAUAUUUCCAUGUUAGUUGCACCUUGCAUGGUGUGUUUCCUUAGUAUGUUUGCUUUACAAUUCGGAUGUUUUAGAUUCAAAGUUCUAUUCAUUCAAUCAUUCAUCCAUGAUUACCUUUGACGUAUAUUCAAUUUCCACAAAUAUCAGUACACUCAGCCAUGCAUGCCACUAGUCUUGGAGAAAAUUAUUCAUAAACAAAAUCCAGCACUUCAAGGAGAGUUUUCCAAAAAACUUCUCCAAAAAGUCUUUUAAAUAUAUUUUGUUUUGAAGUUAGAUCUUGAAGGAUAAAUUGUUUCCAAAGUGCAUGCCACAUUUGCUCAAUAACUUGGCUUAUAAUUCUCUCUCAUGUAUAAAGAUUACAAUAAUAUAUUCUUUGUGUAGGAGGCACAAAAGAGAGGCUGUUCCCUGCAGGGGAAUGGAUUGUUAUGGAUAUUAUUGGCAAUCUAUCUUUGGAUGUUGAAUUGAAUAGCCCCUAAUAGAAAUUCCAACCCAUGGCGUUAUAGGAGAGGAUGAAUAAUUUUGGUGGUUAUUAACACUGUGUGUAGGGAAAGCAGUUGAAUUUUCCAAGGUCAUGUUUUAGAGAGUAGUAUUUUCAAUAUCACAAUGAAUGAAAUGACCAUUAAGCUGCUUUGACAUGAUGCUUAUGGUUCCUGAACACAAAUGUAGGUUUAGCAGGAGGCAUAGUCACUCAUUGUGUAAUUUUUGUCAAAGGUAAAGUGCUAUGUAGUAAUCUUGAAUAAGAAUAUCAGGCAGCAGUGAGUUGUACCUAAUGUUGUAGCUUAUUCAGUGGUUGAGGACAUUGUUGAAUCAAAAUGAUAUUCUUUCAGGGUUUGAGUUUAAGGUUUUCUACUUUUUUGCUAUCACGAGAUUAUACUGUUUAUAUUAUAUUGCAUCCAUCCUUGAUGAAGUGCAAGAUCACCGGUCACUUUUCUUGUUCUUCUGGACAUUUUUGUUUCAGUUGUUACCACUUCAGAACUUCUAUCCAUUUUAAAUUUGUGCCAAGAUGAUUUCAUCAUGAUGAUGUGGCUAUAAUUUUCCUAAAGAAUAUGGUAUAAAACAAGUUUUCAUAGCAGAAUUGUUUUCUCCAUUCUUUGAUAUUAUGGUUCACUACUAGCCUCUGCUGUUGUAUCGUGAUAACUCUUUUCUCCAUGGUUUUUAUCAGUUGUUUAUGUUGCAUUGUGGUUGUAUUUAAUUACCAUAUCUGUUAUUAUGAUAUUUUCUGUGAUGCUGAGAAUUUGAAAGGUUAGAAUAGUUUGUACUAAAGCUUUUAGUACAUGGCUCUAUUCUUACAUGAGAACUGGCACUUUGCCAAGUGAUGUACUAUUUGGUUUUUUUUUUGUAUAUCUUACAUAUGUCUUAGGAAUCUCUAAUUGGCUUAGACUUAAAACCCUGCAUUUUUAAUAUUUGUUUUUUGUUUAAAUUUUCUGUGAUCAGCAUAUAUUUCUAUUUUCAUUUGUUGUCAAUCUUUUUAAUUUGUAUUUUGCUCUUCUUUGCUUUUCAAAAAUGAAAUUUUUAGUGAGAAUCGUAAAGCAAAACUGUUGAAUUGGUAUCACUUAUGUAUAUAUACCAUUUAAAUAUUAUCCCAUAACUAUUUGUAAUACAAUAGGGAUACACAUGGCAGAUUCAAGUAAGAAAUUAUAGAGAUUGUCUCUAAAUUAAAUCUUUAUCCAAAACAUUUUUGUGAAAUGGUGCCUAAGGAACAUGAAUCAUGAAUUUCAGAUAAUCAGAAAUAACUUCUGUGCAUGAAGAUUGACUUUAUUAGUAUAAAUUAUGAUAAGUGUAAAAAAAUCAUAUUUGUUAUUUACUUAGAUAUUCUUAUUUGGUUUUAGUCCUUAUAUUUAUAAUAAAGGUCUAUAAAACUGUGGAAAUGUUUUCCUAUUUAUUUUAAUGCACCAAUUAUACUCUUGUCAGAAGUGUAGAAAGUGGCUGUUUUGAUUUUCAGUGGAGAAGGAGAUAACAUUCGAGUGUAUGUACGUGUCAGACCUCCGGCUAAAAACCUUGAAACAGAUGUUGAUCGCACACCAUGUCUAGAUGUAACAUCUGGAAAUACAGUUGUUCUUCAGAGCAAGCCUGAUCCAAAAACAUUUUCCUUUGAUCAUGUGGCUGAUAUUAACACAACUCAGGUAACUACCAUUUUGUAAGUUUGCAGACAAUAGUUUAUGUCAAAGAAAUGCUGGUAGGUUUUUUGUUUCCAUUAAUCUUCCAUUCUGGUUAAAAAGCUUUCAUCCCAGGAGUCUUAAAUGUGUUCUUCCAGUUGACUACUACUGAGUACAUUGGAAUUACAGAACCUUUGUAAUGUGUUUAAAUCAUGUAUUUUUUAGUGUUUUGGCGCAAGUCUAUAUAUUUGCCAUCAGAUGUACUUCCUGUGAUAUCCAAAAAAGUUCCAUAAAGUUUUUCAUGGAUGUAAAGAUGUUAGUUUGUUUGGAACUGACACAACUUUUAAUAUUUAUUAAAACUUAAGUCAUUAUCCAUGUAAUUUUUGAACAGGAAGAGGUCUUUGGAGCAGUUGGGAAGAAGAUUGUGGAGGGUUGCGUUGCAGGUUACAAUGGAACAAUUUUUGCCUAGUAAGUUGAUCAAUAUAUAUAGCUAAUGUAAUACCUAUGCACAGCUUUGAGUUUGUAUUCCUUUAUUCUUGUGAUUCAUUAAAUUGUUUUUAGAUAAUUAUUGGGCAAUGAAGCAAGCCUCAUGGUCAAGUGACUUUCACUACCUCCUACUGGGUUACUUGCUUUGUUUCAGACACUUUGAUGGUGAAAUUGAGUGUUGUUCUUGUUAUUCUUAUUUGAAAUAGCUUGAUAAAACAGUUUUCUUACCACUUCUGUGUUCAUAUAUCUCUUUACUACUUUCAUGUAAAAAUGAAAUAUGUAAUAACAUUUGGCAUGCCAUCUCAAAUUUGAUAAACUCUCAGGUAGAAAAAUUUUUUCAUGGUUGAUCAGCCAUUUUAAGAUGCCUUUUCUGUUCCCAACUCACUAAUCAAUUUGUUUAUGAUUUGCUUCCUUCCUCAGUGGCCAGACUGGCUCAGGGAAAACAUUCACCAUGCUUGGUAAGGCUUGGCUGCCAAACAUGUUUGAUUAAAUAACAUUCCCUGGUGUGAUGCAAAAGGCACUAGAAACUUCCCAUUUGUCUGAGUUGUUGUCUAUCUCUGUGUGAUAGGACCUGCUGAGGGAGAGGAAGAGAGCUUUACUCAUCAGCUCCGUGGUGUCAUACCACGUGCAUUUGAAUACCUAUUCAGUUUGAUAAACAGGGAACAGGAAAAGGUAUAUUAUUGUGCAUGCCUGAAAAAAAUACCUCUUCUUAGGAUAUAUUGUCUAAGUACAUGUAGUGCUAUUAACUCCCACUUUGUUGUAAUAAAAAAUGAUAUAAUAUUCUCAUAGACUAUUUUAAAGAUAUGUAAAGGAACUUUUCCCCUAAGCUGUCAAAAGGAAGCUUAGUUUUUAGGAAAAAUUGAAAAACUGAUUGUAUUCGGUUUUUUUGUUUUUUGUUUUUUUUGUCUUUUUUUUCAGUAUGGUGAACGAGUAGAAUUCUUGUGUCGCUGCUCUUUCCUGGAGAUCUACAAUGAACAGAUAUUUGACUUGUUAGAUCCUGCGUCAAUGGGCCUGUCACUUAGGGAGGACAUCAAGAAAGGUGUAUUUGUAGAUGGGUUACUAGAAAGAGAUGUGGCGAGUGCAAGGGAUGCUUACAGGGUAUGCACAUUUGUCUUAUGUUAAACUUGAUAUCAUAAGUUUUUGUCAAUCAUUUAUAAAGAUAUCCCUUAAAUGAGGUUUUCUCUUAACUUCCAUGUACUUCAGGUUGUUCUUAAACAUAAAAGAUUUGAGAAUUCAGUCGCUACUAUGUGGGAUUCUGUUGAUAAUUUUGAUUGCCUGGCCAAUGUUCUCCUGUUACCUUACCUGUUUCUCCUAUUAAUGAAAGGUGACAUUCUUAUUACGGUCGGCAACUUUAUAUUUGAUCAUUCCAAAACUCACUCAAAUAAUAAUUCUUUCUUAGGUGUUGAAUUCUGGUUGGCUGAACAGAAGAGUAGCCUCCACAUCGAUGAACAGAGAAAGUAGCCGCAGCCAUGCAGUUUUUACAGUGACUUUAGAAUCAAAGGUUCAGCAAUUUUGUAUAACAAACUAUGUUAUUUUACAUAAGUACUUUAUGGUGUUAAUAACCUUUUAUCCUAAUACUUUUCAGGAACGUAAGGCAGGUAUGGCUAGUAUCAAAGUGUCCCGUCUUCAUCUUGUGGAUUUGGCAGGUUCUGAAAGACAGAAGGAUACUCAUGCAGAGGGCCUCAGACUUAAGGUAAACUUUAAUUCACUUCCUGCAGUAGAUCUGUAACAAACUUGGUAACAAAAAAGUUAUAACCAUUAAGUACUAAACUUGUUUACCUCAGCAUCAAAAUAAAUGCUUUUGAGUGGCAUUCUGUCAAAGUUUCAUUUAGUUAGGUGUUAUUAGUCACAGUUGAAGGUAUGAACUAGUCAGCACUGUCAUAUCCUUUCUCUGAUAGCUUUUACCAUGUGAUAGCUUUUGCUAUAUGGAUUAAUUUUUGGAGAUAUUGUAUAAUUUUUGAACCAUGCAAUGGGAAUGACUUCUUUGGACUUAAUUCACUUCAUUUUGUAAUUGGCAUAUUUGUUUUUUUUUCAUCAGCAUAUACAGUUGUACAUAUACAUGUAGCUGAUCAGCUUUGUUUUUCUCACUUUACAGGAAGCAAGUAGUAUUAACAAGUCGUUGUCAGCACUUGGUAAUGUGAUCAUGGCCUUGGUUGAUAUCACUCACGGGAAGACCAGACAUGUUCACUAUAGAGACUCAAAACUAACGUUCCUUUUAAGAGUAAGUAAUAUUAUGACUGUCUCUUAUACAGCGCUAAAACUUAACAUUAAUUCUACUUCUUUCUACCUACAUAUGAUUUUGUAUCAGUGUCUUUAGCACUUAGCUUUUGCAGGGUUGUGGUGCACGUAGUAUUACAGUAUCAUGGUACAUUAAUCUAACAUUGAUUUUUAUUUCGCAGGACUCACUGGGUGGCAAUGCAAAGACUUAUCUUAUUGCAAAUGUACAUCCGUCUGCUAAGUAAGUUCUUUUUGGACAAAAUACAGCUUUCCCUUUAUAAGUGAUAAUAAAAGGGCUUUAUGUAGAUAUCUGCUGACUGGUUCCUCCUUGAAAGCUGUUUUACAUGUGUAAAGGGAUUUUUGUCAGGAUUGAGUUGUCAACAACAAUUUAACUGUGGUCAUUUUUCUUUUGUAACAGGUGUUUUGGCGAAACAUUAUCCACUCUAAACUUUGCUAAAAGAGCAAAGAUGAUUAAAAACAAGGUAUUGUGCUUAUUCUCUUCUUGUGGUACCGUAAAUAAUCAGGUUAUUUCGAGUGUGAGUGGUUAAGGCACAAAUUGAGAGCCUUAUGAUGUUUCAUAUUGUAGGCUGUGGUGAAUGAGGAUGCUACUGGAAGCAUUACUGCUCUUCAAGCUGAAAUAAGACGACUUAGAGAGGAGCUGGAGAAAGCUCGAGGUGACAGCGCUAAUUUCUUAGUUCAGAAUAAGUUCAGAGACCACUCUAGGAAUAUUGCAAUUUGUCCAUGGGUAAUUCAUUGGGCAAUAGGUUCCCUCAUCCUCAAUUCGACUGUUGAGGAUGUUGUCUCUGAGAACUUGUUAAAAUAUUUCAGCUUCCUGUUCUCUUGUUCGCAUAGCUUUUUCAACUAUCUCCGCAUCAUUCUUGUCCCCAAUUUACUUAGCGUGUGUUUUUUUACCCUUCUUUUAGCUGGAAUUCCAAAGCAAAUCACCAGACAAGGUACGAUGUUAGGCAUCUAAAAGCAAAAUUCCGCGUCCUUAGUAUGUCGUUUUAAAAUUUUGCCCCAUGUAGCAAGAGGAAAUGCUUAGGUCAAUGAAAAACGGUUAAUUUGUGACAGAGAGUCAUGUGUUGUAGGUGCAUCUAACUCAACCGAAUUUCUCAUUUUCCAGAAUCAACUGAAGCAGAUCAUAAAAAUUCUCGAGGUGAAGCUUGUGUCCCUGCUGAUACAAACAACAAUAACAAUAACAGUAACAAUAACUCUGGAAUAGAUGUGAAUCAGCAGUACCGGGAGUGGAGAGAAAUGAUGGUGGCAGCCACUGCGGCGAGGGAUCGAGCCGAACAGGAAAAGCAGGUUUGAAACAGGCUCGACGUUUUAGUAAAUCAUUAAUUAGUAAAUCGUGAAACAUGAUGAAGGGAACUGCUUUCAAAGCAACGUCUUAAGAAAAAUCUUGGUCAUUCAAUUUUAACUCCAGUUGUCAUGGAGAAAGAGACUAGAUUAAAUGCCUUAUGGUCGAUCUUGCAUCUGUGAGGAAGAGCUCCCCAUUGACUAUGGUAGCAGGAUAGCAUUAAAGAAACAUGCAUCACAGGAAAGCUUUAUUUUUUAUCGUCUUAUCUCUCUCUUUCCAGUGCUUAGUUGAGAAGGUGCAAAAGCUCGAGGAAUUGUGCAGCAAAAAGGAAAAAUUCCUUCAGGUCUGUGUAUAGAGAUCUUAUGUUUCAUCAAAAAUUGAUAUAAUCUGAAAUAAUCGGAAGUAUCGUGCAAAUUUUGUACAUGUAACUUUGAAUUUCUUUUUUGUUCUACAGUCGACAAAGAUGAUCCUAAAGUUUCGAGAAAGCACAAUUUCUAGACUGGAGAGACUGAGAAAACGAGAUAAGGAAGGGCCUGACGGCCAAGACGACGAUAAGGAGAGAGAAAUUGUGAGUUCGGCAGAAACAUUCCUCGAUUUUAUCUACUUAUCAAUGUUUUGUUAGCAAAAUGUAUACAAAAUGGUUAAUUAGCUCUUGGCCUUGGACGUUUUAUGGUGUUUUGUUUUAGUUCGUAUUUAAUGAAGCUUCCAAGGAUUGGAAGGAAUGCAGUUGUGCUAUAAAGUCAACACAGUUUCCUUCUUAAUUGGUUAAUACCCUUUUUCAUGCUUUUAUGUGCAAAAUUAAUAACUUCCGGUAGCUUUGAGAUUUUUCAGUAUCACCUUCACUGAUAUUGCAAAAUACAGUGGUUGCUGUUUUCUUUGGUAAAAAUCUCUAGAGCUGUUUUGUUUUCCUCCUACUCUAGCAACUUCUCAAAGAAGAAAUCGCCGUAAUGAAAGAUAAACUUGAACACCACCCAGAUGUCACGAGGUUCGCUAUGGAAAAUCUAGAGCUUAGAGGUAACGAACUACCUUCAGAAAACUGUUUGAACCUCAUUUCAUAUUCUUUAGACCCAAGGUGUGCUAUUUUGUCAGAAGAGAGUACUGCACGUGGUGCUCUCUUUUUAAAAUUCGAAACUUUUGACGUCUGCUUUGCCUUUUUUUUAGCGGAGCUUAAGUGCAUACGCACCCGGGAUGAAGAUGGGACUGAUUUCACUCAAGAUCUUGCUAAAAGUCAGCGCUACACGUUGCAGUUGGAGAGACAAUUGAGGGAAUUGCUUCAGUCACCUCAAGGAAGUGGUCAGUUUAUUACAUAAAACUUUAUGGGGUCUUACUUUAUCAGUCAGUAAUAGCAUACCAUUUCUCAGAUAGUCUAGGAAUCGUCUCACUGUUGUAUGGUCUUACUGUCUUGCAGUCAUCCCAACUGAAUUCACCCUGUGUUUGCAGCGUGACAUCAUCUUCUUAACUGACUUUCAAUACAUGCGAUCUCUUUACCCUAACAAAAUCCUAUAUGAGGCAAUAGUCGGCCAGCGAACUUUGCCUUCGAGACGCGAAGUGUCUGUAAUAGCGACGUUUUCAAAAGUGCUAUGGGUAGUUCUAGUAGUUUGCAUAUUGUUGACUUUGUUCUUUUCAUGUACUCAUUUUACAGAACUUGAGAGAAGUUUAUCCAACUCCUUGCUAAACUUGGAAGCGUCGAAUGCCGAACUCGAAAAGUUCAAACUCGAAAGAGCGCAAUUACACGCUCAAAUGGAAUCGGUGAGUAAUGGAGAUAAGCAGAAAUCGUGACUCUGUUCAAGUUAGCAAAUUUCUUCCCUGAAUAUGUUGACGCCAGUUCAGUUCUCAAGUUGAUUAAUUUUUUGUUGUCAAGUUUUUUGUAUGUCAUACGUCGUAGGCCGUUUUAAUUGUAAGGUAAAGUCAAAGUAAGGUAUCGUUUGAUGUUGAUUAAGGCAGAAGUUGAAUUUUAUUUUUUGUAUUUUAUCCAAGACUCGAGAGGAACUGACAGAAACCCGUGAAAGUUUACAACAGACUAAGGAAAAACUAGUGGGACAAGAGGAGAGCUUCAGAAAAAAAUGCAUCGACUUAGAAGCUGAUGUUUUGUCACUCAGAAAGGCCAACUCUGAAUUGGAGGUAAGAUCCAACUACAGUCAGAUAUCCCUUGGUGCCUCUCGAUUGUUUUAAGCCAAGAUUAUAGAGUGAUAGUACAAUUCAGAGCAAGCCAUUUUCUACAACUAUUGUCUCUAGGUCUAAGCUGCGUUUCAUUUUUAUUCUGAAUUGAAUGUUAGUUGACUUUUUCAUAGAGAGCACUGGAAGCACAUCAACUGAAAACAGCAGUGGAGCGUACGACAUUAAAUGACAUCCACAUGCAAACAAUCAAGGUGAGACAACAAACAGGGCCGCGGUAAAGCUAAGCAAAUGGAAAUAAAGUUUUGUUUUUACUUUAUUCAGAUACUCAAAACUACUAUUCAGGGUUAUAACCAAUUUGCAAAGGUCUAAAAUGAGGUUUGUCUUUGACCUGUAGACUAGCAGACCUUUAGCAGCUGGUAAUAAAUUAGUAUUUUCCGCAGAGUUUAGUUCUGUGUGAUUCCUCUGCUUGAUGUUUGAUUCUAGUAUCAUUUUAUCCUUUCCUUUAUUUUUUCUUCAGAGUCUUACCUCCCCUCGGAAAAUCCUAAACACGCCCAAUCGACUGAGUCCACACAGCGCAGCAAGCACUCCUAAACGGUCCCCGGCUGUUGGUCGAAAGUCUAAGCUGUCUUCUCCCGUGAUAGGGUCACCUGAUGAGAAACCCAAACCACAAAAUGGACUGGUAAGGAGAGACAGCUUCCACGAUAUUGGAUCAGACAAUGAAAUGGAUGAUCCGUUCUUCAAUUUUGACUCCGAAGAGAUGGAUGACGAGGAACUUUAUGCUGAAUCGCUUUUGGAGGAGCUAAAAAAGCAACAGGUGAGAAGAGGAACAAACGAAAUUAUAAAUAGUUGAUUGGUGUGGAGGAUGCGCGAGUCUUUUUUAUUUCUUCUUCAUUUUUGAGACCAUUCAAAGAUAAAACUGAAGCAAAACCCUCCCGGUUUAUUUUGGACACUCAUUUGAAACUUGCUUUUUGAGGCAUGAAGAGUAGUACCAGCUCAUAAUUCAGUGGUUAUUUUUUCCUUGACGUUUCCCAGGAAAUGAAUAACGUCCAGUUACAACAGCUCCAGACAGAAGAGGCGACAAGAAUUCGACUGAAUCAAACCGUCAACAAACUUGAACACCAAGUGCAGAAUCUCACGUCGGUGAGUAACUUUACCCGGGAGGUUAAUAUUUAUACAAUAUUAUCGGAGAACGCUGCUCAACCCACCUGCCAAGACCGAGGAAUAAAGAAAGAAUCUUUGCAAGUAACGGGUUGAACUGUAAAUCCCCACGUUAUUGAUAUGUGACGAGGUGCAAUAACUUUUGGUUGGAUGGCCUUGUUACUUGAUCAGAUAGCGCGUAGCAACGUCCAAUCAGACUGCAUACGAGCUAAAGUGUUUUUGUACUUUUCAGGUUCUUGUAGCACGACCAUCAUUAUAACAUUUAUUUGUUGACCGAUGUAAUCACGCUCGAUGAUGUCUUUUAGUUCCCCUUAAAAAUAGAGCCAUGGUUAUUUUUUCAUUAAAAUUAACAUAUCGUUGUAUUUUCUGUGCUUAUUAUGCAACAAUCAAUUUUUUUGGACUUACCUUUUUAAGUUUUGAACAGCAAAUGCGAAUUCGUUUCAUUUUCUUUUAGGUUCUAACCAGUGAGCGGGAAAAGCAUGCUGCAACUGAGACUGAGCUAAACAUGAGGAACCUGGGUCUUGCUGACAAGCUGAAGGAGGCCCGGGGAGAACUUACUGGUAUGUUAAAAAUGUGUUUUUCAGAGCAAUUACUAGUUAUCUCAACCAUUACUACAUGAAGAUGAACUUAUUACAAACACGCCAGACCAUACUACUGUGUAUAUCAAAUACUAACAUUGUUUACUGUUGUUCUCGAUGCAGUACUCCGAAGUGAAAUAGAAGAUUUGAAAUGCUCAAUGCAAGCUUCACAGAGACAAGUUGAUUCGCUGAAGAAGGAACGAGACAUGGAAAGUAUUGAGUCUGGCAGAAGACUUGCCACAUUGGAGAGUAAGGUAUAGGAAACAUAAAUCUUAUGUAUUUUUAGUUUAGUUUUGUUGUCAUCAUCAGGCGUAGAAAGUUUGCUUAAACAAGAAAACAACACAGUACACCUGCCUAAGGGGGGGAGAGGACAUAGUCGAAUAUCAACCGGCUACUAAUUCAAUCGCAUAAACAUGCAGCACCGCAUUUUUUUAUAGAAGUUAAUCACUAUGUUUAUUUGAUUUCAGUUAACAAGGCUUGAAAUAGAGAACUACAAUCAACAGACAGAAAUGGAGAGCUCUAUAGAGAUGAACCAGCACUUACAGGUGAGGCGCGCAGUAUUCGUGUUACUUCCCGGACUUGCUAUUUGCUGCAAAGGAAAGGGAAAGGGUAGAGACAACUGGCUUUGUUUUCCGAUGCAAUACUUCAACAAUUUGAAGUUUUGCAAUUAGAGAAAUUAAGACGGCUGUUGCAAAGCAGAUUGGAUUAUUACAAGUAACUUGAUUGUUUGAUCUGCUCCAGGCGGAUGUAGAGACACUCAGAGAUGAACUGGAAUUCAAGAAUCACAAAAUUGAAGAGGUCGAGAGCAUGUUACAAGCAGAAAGACAGAGACUCAAGGACAUGGGACAAGAAUUGCAGGUACAAAAGCAACAAGUUAGGGUUAGACAGUUUUUCGCCGUUUUUUUUUUUUUUUAACUCCACCGGCGUUCAUACCAUAAAUGGUGAGUACGAAAGAAAAGGCCAUUGGGUUUAAGGUUGGCGAUGACAACACUGCAAUAAUUAUCAAGAACAAGUCUUGAUUCAGUGUUAGCAAAGAUAUCAGAAUCAUUUUCAGUUGCCAUGAUAUAUUGAGAUGAUUUUAUUGAAUGUUACUUUUUUGUUUCUAGGGAACUUUGGAGAAGUUAGACAUUCAAACUGAGACAAAUAACAAGUUGCUGGCUCAACAAGAUAAACAACAGGUAGAUUACUCUGUACUGAACUUUAACAUUCUUGGUGAGUUAUUGACACUUGAUUACUUAUCGUAUUGUAUUGUAGGAUAUGGUGAGGGCUCUGGAACAGCUUGUGGCCUUGAGGACAGAGCUACAAGAAAGCAACUUGACUUGUGAACAACAGGUGAGACAGCUUGCGCCAAAAGGCUGGCCGCCAUGUUGUAUUCUGUAGCUGAGGAAGGUUCUUACCGAGAGGGGAAAGGGUGUCGGGCGAUGGGCGUGAGAAAAAAUCUUUGCUAAAAUUUAAUAUGGCGGCUUAGCUAACUGUCGGUAGUGAAUACUGUGUUCCCUGUGCAUUCAAUGAAAUGUGAAACUGAGAUAAAAUUCCGCAACUUUUAUCAUUUUUGUACAAAAUGAGAUUUGGUUCCAUACCACUAAUGCGAUGGGUUUUGUUUUCACAGGCUCAGAAAAUACACUCUUUGUCAGAGGAACUCGAUGAAGCAAAGACCAGCAUUAGAACGUUGAACAAACGAAACGAAUCCGACAUCGUGAGUGACUUGGUGUUAGUUUUGUUUCCUCGGAAAGCUGUUAUAAUAUUCUUACAGUAAUAAAUAAAUAUAACUGUCGAUUAUUUUCUCUCUUUCAGGAUUGUGUUAACAAUUUAAUGGAGUCUGUCAAAGGUCUAAAAAAGAACCUUGGCGAUAAAGAGGUGAGACUGUCUGUUAAUAUUCCUCCGUCACUUUACUACUGCGAAUCUCAAGAGAAUUUGUAAACACUCUACUUGUACAUUGAUUUUGCUAAAAAGUGACAUUUAUAUUGCUUUAUAUCUUGUCGUGGCUGUUUCUCUCGAAGGCUUGUCUCCAUUUCAAGUUUUUUUUCCUCUUCUACUUGACAGAGGAACCUUUUCGCUUAUUCACGUGAUUUGUUAAACCAUGGGACUAUACAUUAUUUUUUUUGUUCUUUUUCUACAGAGUGAACUCUCAUUUAUCAGAAAUCAACUAGAGGAGAGCAAACUUCAGCAACAGGAGUUGACAGAUAGUAUAGAAGAAAAGGUAAAUUGUUGUUGUACACAUUGGGGCUUUUGAGAACAGUGCUUUGUAUGGUGCUAGUGUCGAUGGGUUUUUCAGUGUCCCAAAGGUAGGCUAACGCGAAUGUCAUUCUUUUUCAAUAGAAACGAACCAUCGAGAAACUGAAGGAAAAACUUGACCGAGAAACGGAGAAGUUUAACAAAGAAAGAUUGGAUCGCGAAACUGAAGUAAGUUGUCACUCUAUUUGUGUCGUUAUUACUUCUCUAAUUCUGUGGCAUUCUUCCUCGUUCAAUAUUUUUUAUCAUCAACAACGAAUACACACAACACAACGGGGUAACGAGAACUUAAAUGAACAAGUGUACUCACUAAAUAUCAAAUCCCGUACAGGCCUGAAUUUUUUUCAGGCCUUAUUUUCACUACUACUCAAGUAGUGUUCAUUACUGCGAAGAUCGCUUUCAUACUCAUGUAAAUAAUUUUUGUCGCAGAUGAGUCAGUUGAGAGAUGAUCUUCGUCGUACCACUGAGCAAUACAGAGAACUUAACCAGGCCCUGGCUCAACAACAGCAACAGAUCACAUGUUUGCAGGUGAGUUGCAACUUAUUUCUUAUUCAUGAAAUUCAAGCCGAAGUGAAUAAUUGAUGUGGUUGCUUUAAGAGCUUUCUCACACUAUUUUUACUAAGCCGGAAACUUGAAGGAGUAAGGCCAUGACAUCUUUCCCGAUCACUACUCGCGUAUUUGUUGUGAAGAGCUGAAACUGAAGAACAGAAUUUGCCUAGAGUGUGUAUAACUAUCGUAUUGUAGCCGAAGCAUCAACACUUUCGUAGAUUGGAAGAUGUUCUGUGGCAGGCAGAAACAAAGCAGACUUUCCUUCAAGCUCAGUUACGUCAAGAUUUCGUUUGUCAAGGAUUAACCGGCGGUUGUAGUUUGAAGACAUUUAGAGUUGGAGGAGCGUAACCUGGUGCUAGUGAACCAUUAAACACGUCACCAUUACCAUCAUUAUAAGAAAGGGAGUGCUUCUAGGCACUGUUAUGUACCCUUUUAUGUUUUAUCCUGUUAGUGUUUAGCUGUCCCCAAUUUGACUAACCAGCCCCACAAGACUAAACGACUUGUAAUGUUAAAUUCUUUUUUUCUUGGAAAGUUGAUCCGCACUGGGGAGUGCUUUUCAGCGCUAUCUUAAACCCCAGUUUGGAUUGCUUUUUGGUGGUUUUCCUCUUUCAAUCCUAUAUCAGCGUGAAAAGUCAUUUAACACUUUCCCAAUGUUUUAUUUUAGAGCUGAACUCUUUACUUUUCUGUACGGCGAGUGCCUCUAGGUGCUGUAUUAACGCCGUGAAUGGUAAAAGGCCCAACCACAAGAGAGUGCUUUUGAGUGCCGAUUAUCCAAAAAUGUGAUUGAACAUUUUACCACAACUUGUGGCUUUUAAAGUUAUUUCAUCAUACGAACUCUGAGAGUUACGAUUCUCUUUGGAGCCUUUUGAGAACAAACUUUUAUUAUUUUAUCAGCAACAGAUUCGUCCUCUCUGCCAUGGCUUACACAAAGGGAAUUUUAUUUUUAAACGUUUUAGAUGUCUUGGACUGCAUCACCUCUUUAAGUUGGGCCUAAACUUACCACUCCUUUCUGAGCCCCUUAGCUAAUUACCUUCUUGUCUUCUGGUUCAAGGCCAUCAGCUGACAUAGAUCCCGGAUGUACUCUUCUUGACACAAUUCCCAUUUAUGCAACCCACAUCACGUGAUCCAGCGCCCAUGUGAAGGUCAUGGAACUGACGUUAUCGGCGCGUUAAGAUGGUUUACAAGAUUCAGCAUCAUACGACAUGGCUUUCUCUUAUUAACAUUCUUUUGCCACUCAAAACUGAUCUUAUUUUAAGCGUCUAUUUAUAAGCCUUAUAUUUAUGAUCAGGCUUUAAUUUGGCCUCUGGCUAAGGUUUGUAGUUUUUAUUUUUACCCACGGACGCAUCUCAAGCGUACCACUUUCGUUAUUCUGUAUCCUGAACUCAUACCUCUUCAAACGGUUUUAUGGAUUUUAUUUAGUGUAGGUUUAUUUACCUAUCAGUAUAUUUAUCUUAUCUGUAUAACUGGUGAGUAUGCGUAUCUUGUGUGUAUCAAACAUCUUAGACUGACUCAGAAGAUGAUCUCUGAGCUAUUGUCCCGUUUUUUAUGUGGCUUCUGUAGGGUAUAAUGAAAAUAGUAUUGUCUCACAAUCUCUGAUCAGGGAAUAAGGGACUGAAGUUUUGAUUAAUUAGUAUAAACGGUUUUCUGUGCGGUUUUUUCUUAAAUAUCUUUUUAUAGCCAGUAUUCAUACGUGGGUUUAAAUAUUAUACGAGAACGCAAGGUAUUUUUUUAUACAAUAUUUAAUAUAUUGAUCCAAGGCAACUUGUACAUAUUUAUAGCUAAGAGUAUUUUACUAAAGCCAUGGCUGCGGUGUGCUUAUGGUGUUCAUUGGUUUUAUAUUUGGUCUCUUGUAUAUAGGCUUACAGAAAGUAAUAAUUUAUAUCAAACAAAUGCCAGUGAAGACUGCUUUGUCUCUCGCAGUGCUUCAGCUCAUACUCAGCUCAAUGUUUGUAGGCUCCCGGAACAAUAUGACAUUCAUUGGAUAGAUCCUCUUUUACAUAUACAUUUAACGUUUUGAAAUGUAGCGUCAAAGUUGUACUGAUAUUUUUACACCAAAGGGAUUUUCAAAGUCGUAUUUCAUCUAACAUAAAGGGGCGAGAAAUAACAUGACGCAAAGCUUAUUAAACGAAUAAGUCACGAAUGAGGCAAUGACAGUAGAAAACACCUCUCAUUGUAAGAUAUGAAUUUUAAGGAUCCAGAGACCACGAGAGCUCAAUGGCCUCUUGCAGUGCCCGUAUUUUGUAAUCCAAUUUACAUUGUCAAGAGCUUGAAUCUUGAGUCGAUGCACUGUAUUAACCAAUAGUGUGUUGUUAGAUAGGUACAGUCGCAUUGUGUAUAUAUAUAUGAAAUACAUGAUCACAUUGCAAACAGUGAAUUUUCAAGGGUGUUUGUUCUUGAUGCAUUAUUGUAAUGCAGUUGAUUACGACAAUACUCCCCCAUCUCACCCCCUCUCUUUGGUUGAUGUUAUCUAACUGCGAAAUAACAAGGGAGAGGUAAGAAAAAACGCUGACAACACCUCAAAUUUUUCCCCUCUGCAUUUAGCUGGUGUAGAGUAGCCAGCAUGUGUGUACACUGUACACUGAACGGGAGGCGUUGGCAGUAUUUUACAGACAGAAUGAAUGAAAGAAAAAACUGGGCUUUUUUCACAAUAGGUUGUAAUUACAGGCUUUGUUUGCAUAUUGUGAUGUACGAGGUUGUAACGUGAUAAGCAGUUCCCAAACCCAUCAGUUGUCUUUCUUAACAUUUCCACUGAAUAAACGCAAACUCCCCCAAAGAAAGUAACAAGUCUAAGGGUCCUGACUGCCGUAGGAAGAGAAACAAUGUCGGGGAAGAAGUCUUUGGCUGAAAUGAAUCGGAUUGGGACGUUUACAACUAUCUUAGAACUGUUAGCGUCCGGUUAAAAGUUACUCUUUACAAUUAAAACAAAAGUUUAAAAUAAUAUUCCUCUCCUUCACGGUGUUUUUAAUCAGCCAAGGCCCAUGCUUCUCAGUAGACAGAGGCUAAAUGUUCAUUGCAAAUAGUUACGUUUCCUAUGCUGAACUUGUAACUAUUUUUUGGUAGAACGUAUUUAGUUUUCCUCCCAAGAAAUAUCGUAAAAAGUAAUCGAGAGAGGAGCUGUAACAGUUUAUACCAAGUUAGUGGCCUGAAAGCUCACUGCAACCAAUGGGAUGGAUAGCAACUCGAAAUGGGAAAAAAAGUAUAGGCAUAACUUAUUGUGUGAAGGAUUUACAUUCCCUGAACAUUUAAAUGUCCAUUUUUAACGCAGUCUGAUUUGAAAGACAAGAAGACUACAGUGGUGACCUUAGAAGACAAGGUAAGAGAAUUUUGCUGGAAACUGAAGUUAUUUUUUUAUGUCCUACUUUGGAGUUAUCCGGUUGGUCUAACAGCUGGGACCUCUACAUACUCAAUUUGACAUCAAAGAGGAAUUUUUAUUUAUGAUAUCUCCAUCGCGAUUGGCUACGAUUAGUUGUCAUUUAUCAUUUUAUGUUUUGUUUACCCUGAGUCAGAAUUAAAUGCCCGCAUUGAUCAAGUACGAAGCACGAAUAAAUGAGUCAUUGUGUUAUUUUCAAGUGGACUCCUCAAAGAAUUAUCGAUAGGAAUGUUUUCCCAAGCGUGGUAACUCUUUUACAGACUUCCUCAAAAAUCCCCUUUUAUUCGUAUUCAAAUCUACCCUUUACAUUAAAAAAAGAAAACGUACUCUAGCUAUAACGGUAAUAUAUAGCUUGUUUGAUAUUCCUUUUGUUUAAAAUUGUUUGAUUCGGGCGAUAAUGUAAAGCAAAGGAAAAAUUUACUUCAGUUCUACCCUUUUGUCCGUGAUUAUCCCGGUUUUAAGGGUAGUGGACAAUCGAUCCGACAGGUUGCCAUGGAAUCGUCUCGAUCACUUCAGCGUUAUCCGAAACGAUCGGGGCAUUCCGAACGAUCCAUGAGGACCAAGGCUAAUGCAACUUUUGGUAGGAAGGGUAAAUCUGCUCGGUUGUCCAUUAUAACUUUUUUCUUUUUUAAACCAAGCUAUUUGAAGAGCGGGAAGUAUAAAUUUUUUGUAAGCCUCGCAAGGUUUUCUACCUAAUCUGGGAUUGCUUUACUUCUGAUAACGUUUCUACAGGUGCGAGAAAUCGAACAAUCCAAGGCCGAGCUGGAGUCUCGAUACGAGAGUCGGCUGAAUCAGUUCCAACAUUUGAACGAAUCACUGGACGCAUCUGGAAUGAUUGAAUCACAUGAAGCUGAGUUGGACAAACUGCGCACCACACAGGUAUUUAUCAAACGGAAAUACACUUGGUCAAAUAAUAUGCAGAAAGAUACUUCCUCGUCGAUUUAUAAACAUGUUUCAAACCAGUGCCCUGGUGGAACUAUGGGUCUGGUUCAGAUAUGGGAAAAAAACAUUUGUAUGAAACGUUGAACUCGUGUUGUUACCGCUGUUUUUUGUUUUUUUCCGAGCCUCAUUACAAAGCUAGAAAACGUUUCUCGAGGGACGAAAUGUCGCACGACAAUUUGUAAUCUAGUUUUCGACCAGUUUAGCUCAAAGUUAACUCAAUUUUCCAGGGAUUUUCUAUUUUAUCUAAAUCAUGUAUGUGUUAGUUCCAACAGCAAUGUUUCGUUUCUGUAACUUUCAUCACGUUUCAUUCCAGUCCAUUGGUUUGAUAACUAAUCAUGGAGGUAGCAAGUUCCUUCCAUGUUGCCUUUCCUUCACCUUUAUUCACUCUUAUUUCUUGUAGUUCAGUAUGUCAAAAGUGAUCGAUAACUUGGAGGCUCAUCGUCAAGAAAGAAAUGAAGAAAUUGAAUUAUUACGAGGUCAACUGGAGGAGAUGGAUGAACUGAAAAGAAAUAACGACCUGCUGGAAACACACUGCAAGACACUCACUUAUCAACUGGAGGCUGAGAGGAACGAAGCCAGAGAAAAGUAAAUACUGUAGUCUUUAUGUUAAUUAUAGAGAGACCUCAGCGUAAGCGGAUUCGUCGUUUAAGUUCAUAAGGCGUCCUCUUUCAGGGGAUUAUGACGAAGCCCGCUGUUAAGCCUACUGUUUUGUCAUUUUCAGAGAGGAAAAGUUCAAAACUGAAGCUGAUGAGUCAAAGAAGCAAUUAGAGGCCGCCAAUGAGAAUGAAAGAAGUGCCACGGCGCUGAAGGUCAGUCACUGACUUAUGAUAAGUCGGUUUAGAGAAACUUGAACUUCUACUAUAGAGAAUUUCCAGCGUUUCAUUGCGACUUAGGGUGCUUUCGCGGUUCAAAAGGGACGUGUGCUUUUCAAGAUUUUCUAAAAAUGUGGCGGCAAUUUUUUUUGCCAGCGAAACUAUCGAAAUGGCUGUCACAAUUAUUGUUUCAAAAUUCAUUGGUUUGCUGCUUUGCUUUCAGGACCAGAUUUUAUCGGAGAAAGCAGCCAUCGAAUCAGUGUAAGUAUUCUGUCACUCGUCACAAUGGGAAGAAUGUGGGUAAACAGGUUAAAGACAUGUCAUGUGAUUUUAUUGGUAUACUACCUUUCUAGGAAUAUCCUCGGAAUGGAAAACGUAAGUUUCGUGUGGUUUUCCAUUGAACUGACAUUCGGCUGUCGCCCUUUUUCUUGGGUUGUGUUAUGUUCAGUCACCUAACCAAUUUACGGUUUCUUUUCUCAAGUCCAUUACUUUUUAACUUGACACAAACGAUUAUCAGAGCUCUUUCCGUAAUCAGGUUAGUCCUGUCUGGUGUACACGUGUAUCACAUGAAUGAGGAGAAGGCUGAGUAGAAUAUGUUAAUUCAUGGACGAGAAAAAGAUGUUUGUUACUGAAAUAUCGCAAUGAAGUGCUCUGAUUCUACAGCACUCCUGUUUUCGUCCUUUCCAGCGAGGGUUUAUAGCCUGCUUGUUUCUUUACACAGGUUGGCUGCAGCGAAGCUAAACAUGGAGACAGCACUAGAGGAUGCUGAAUACAUGGCCGAAGAACUUGAAAGGUGAAAAAAAGAGAGAUUUGACAUUGAUAAGAAACAAUGAAUACAUGCCCAAUCCAAUUUGACAGUCUGAGUUUACGUCAACUUGGGUCCAUCAGUAAGAGGCUCUUAGCUUCUUUUAGAGCGAUUCAGGUACAAGAUAAUAGUAGAUUGUUAUUAUGAUCCAUUGUCAGGAACUAGUGACUUAAAUACAGAAACGAGGGUCACGAACUACCCGCGAGUUGUCGUCCCCUAAAUAAAUACACUUGAAGCCAUCUGAUAACGCGUAACUUUUUUAUUAAGAAUGAAAAUUUUCAACUGUGAAAGAGUUUUUGAGAUUGUUUUAAAGAUUAUUUUUCCAUGAUAUAUCAUUUUUAUAAGUAUCAUUUGUUUUAUUUUGAUGUUUUGUUUUGACGAGUAGAAGAGAUGGGAGGGAAAUCCAAGGUCAUAUUUGCUGUUACUGCAUUUUUAAACUCGUCCUGAUAUUUCGCAUUUUAGAACUCGACAGCUUGAGAAGCAAGGAUUUGAAGAAAAAGAAGAACUGAAAUCUAAACUUGAAUCCGCCAUGGAAGAGAAGUUCAAACUGGAGAAGGUAAGAAAUGUUAUAUCGGUAUUUAAGGUAAAUUUUCCUUUCUCAGUAAAUGCAUUUCCUUCGUCGCCAAAAACUUGAGAAGCAUUCUUGAGUACGAUUUGACUCUCCCCAAUUAAGGAGUGUAGGGUGAGUUUGCUUCAGAACAAAUUUAUACAAGUGUUAAUUAAGAGUUUCUUUGUUAUUUUUUUUCUUGCUUGGCCCUUUAAAUUUUGCGUGUUGUAAAAUUCUUUUCGAAUGUAUGGUGAAAGAUGCGAAUAUUGUGCAUGUAACGAUUAUUGUGCCUUUUCUUUUGCGGUUUGUUUGUGGUAGGUAUUGAAAAAAAUUGAAGAAGAGAAUGCUCGAUUGAAGGGCCAUCAGAACCCACAACAGAAAGUACAGCACUUGUUGGCAAUUAAAAAGGAAAAUAAUGCUCUUAAAGAGGUAAGAUACUUUCGAUUAGCAAGGCCAUUUAAAGCUCAAAACGUUCUGGACAAUAUUCUUGAGGCUUUCUGCUCACACUGAGGCACACAGCUCUCCCAACGGCUACGUGCGAAAGUAUUUUUAAACGGCGCGCAAUGACACCUUGGAUCACUCAAAGGCCGCGAAGAGAAAUCUAUGUUUAUGUUCCAUAUUACUUCCCUCGUCUCUUAAAUUAGAAACGCAAACCGUCAAUUUUACUCAUGAUGACCUCCUAAGGCCAUAUAUUUGUUUCGCUUUUUUUAAUUUCUUUAUUAAUUAUGUCACAGUCAGACCCCAGUUGUUCGAAGAGUAGACAACACUACCUACUGGAUAAAUCUCCGGUCGGUAGGGCAGUAUACGUUUUGUCAACAAUUAUCCUUUGGAUAGUGUUUCCCACCCUUGCUUGAUCUGAGUCUCCAGGAAGAAUCCAACACGCUCCAGUGCAGAAUACUCGUUCGUGGGCUAGGCCACUUCAAGGUUAAGUUUUUAUAUCGCCAUAUUUCUUUUAAUAAGAUAACAGUUUGUUUUGUUUCUUUUUCUAUUCAGCAAGUGAACAAGCUGAUUAAAGAAACCCAGAAGUGCAGUUGUAAAGGGAAGAAAGCGCCACUUAACAGCAAAAAUGGAGGAGGUGAGGGCAAGAAAGAAGGAAAAUCAAAGACAAGUUCAUCAAGCGAGGAAGAAGGGACAUCGGAUAUAAAAGAUGCGAUGGACAAGGAAAAUGUGUUUUCUGCUGCUACUUGAAAACUUUUGCGUUACUUGCUAUCUAGUGGGUCAAGGUUUUAACGUUCAGUCAAUGAUUACAAAGGAAGAAAUUGCGUUUUACCUGUGACUUCAUCUGCUUUGUAAAGGAGCAGUUACACGAGUCUGAAACACGAUUGUACGACGAAUACAGACUGAUUAUUAAGCAAGUUAUUUUAGUUUAGAACUGAAGUUGGUUUGUGUCUUGGGGCGAGAUGAGAAAACAUCCAUGAAGCCACGAAUAUGGCUUCUUUUUAACAAAAAGCGGUGUUCUCUCUAGGCCUGCCUAGGAAUAUGCUAAGUAGUCACUUAUGUUUUAGGGUUUUAAACGGGACCCGAUGGGGAACCGCGUAUAUUUCUAUAUAUUUUGUAUAACUGUGGCUAUGAUCUAUAAGUAUAGCUUUCAUUACAGCGAGGUGUUUAGGUUCAAAACAGUGAAUUAGCAGCCGGCAUUGUCAGCUUGUUAAAUUCGCUUAUCUUGUGAACCGAUCCACGGGCUUUUGAUAUGUACAAGAAUAUCUAACAUAUUCUUCAAUUUCAGGAGAUCGACGAGUACUUGUAGUCUAGAAUUUCAAAUAUCUCUAUCAUAGUUUGAUUGUAACGCAUGCCGUGCUCAGCAUCAUACAGUAUAUGCACUAUCAGCAGUCAUUCUGCUAUUUUUAAAGAACUCAGUAACAAAACCUCAUCUUAUCCUAAGUCUAUUUCAUGUUUUAUUCAUUAUCAGAGCUUUUUCCAUGGUACACACGUAUUAUUUUUGUGGCACUCUUGAUCCCUAUGUAUCAACGAACGCUUUCCAUUUCUUCAAUUCAUUCUUGUUUUUCUCGUUAACCAAUAGCGUGACCCCAUCUUUCUUUAAAAAAAAAACCACCAACUCACCUUAAAAAUUUCUUGACGGUGACCAAUAAUGGCAUAAUCGAUUCAGUUAAUGAAAAAAAUUAUCUAGCAAAACCUUUCACAGACGUAUCACCACAGUUUCUUUGCAGACUCAUCCCCUUCAUUCAGUUGUUGAUAAACACAUGCUUACUUUGAACUAGGUAAUUUAGUGUUAACAACUGGGUUGA